CACAGCAGGGAGACUUCUGCCGACCCAACACCGUUUUAUCCUCCGGUGGGUUAAUCGAGUGAGAAUGUUUGAGCUCGGGAGUCGACUGGCCCACAUGUUCCUCUCCUCGGGCCCCGAAGACCCCGGCGGUUCUGUAAAGAACACCGGACUAUCAGCUUCACCUGCUGCUCUGGAGCUGGCAAAAAGCAAUCAGGAGAAGAUUCCUACUUUAGAACAAUUUCUGCAACAUGUACGAAAGCUCAGUGCACUGAAGAAAGAAGACGUUUUCUGUAACCUCCGUGUCCCAAACCAGUUUCAGACAUCACGACAGGAGAUUAACCUCAUUAUUCUCACAGGUGCUGCUGUGUACUGUAUAGACAUAAAGCCAUGGAGAGGAGUGGUUUCUGCUCCCAUUCCCAACAUGUGGCGCAUUGAAGUGAAAGAGGAGGAGCAGAACUUUACAAACACGUCCAUUCAGCAGAUCCCAGACCCCCUGCAGUCCAUCACGAUGAAGACCAAGGAACUGUGCAGCCACAUGCAACGAUGCGGUGUGAACAUCAAGCCCACGUUCUUUCAACCGAGAAUCCUUUUCCUCUCACCCCACUGUCAGCUUAAUAAGGAGCUGAGGAAGAAGAAGGAGCUGAUCCCUCAUGAUGACAUGGAGACGUUUCUGAGCUCACUCAGGGAGGGUUACAUCGCCUGGAUCACAGACGCCAUUACACCCUCGUGGAUCACGGGUCAUCUGUCAUUCAGGCAGUUGGGGGCGAUGCGAGACGUGCUGGGACAGUUGGGGACGUGGGACGUGGUGCAGCUGAGCAGCGGCGCUGAGCUGAAGGGUGAUUUUCAGGGUUGCCAGCACCUCGCUCUCGACAGACAGGAAACAGAGCUGCUGGAGUUCAGCGGGGGGCGGAGCUUAAGUACUGAGACGUUGUGGGCUCUGCUGGGACACACCCGACAGGUGACAGUGAGGAUGUACAAGCGAGGAGCUCACAGCUGGUUGGGAAAACCUCUCAGCGGGACGACCACCAUCCCAUCGAACACAGACAUCAUGUUCCGCAUCAGCGGUGAUGACAAAGACGCCAAGAUCCCAGCUAACAGCAUCCACACUAUCCUACUUAGCAUCUAGAGAGAAAGAGAGAAAGAGAGAGAGAGAUCUCAUAGUGGUGAACGUUAGCAAACAUAACGACUUCACAUUAUUGUAAAUUAACUCUUAACUGUAUUUCAUGUGAUUAGUCAAGUCAGGCAGAAUGUUAUAUUGUGCUAUUCUCCAUUUCUAAGAAAUUGUUUAAUUUAUUAACAAAAUA